UAAUUUCAUCCGUGAGACAGUGGCAGAUCAGCAAGUCAUUUCGUCGCGGCGGCGGUAGAAGUAUUUCUAUACACAGAGAUCUGCAGAUGGGUCAGGGUCUGUGGAGGGUGGCGAGGAACCAGCAGCUGCAGCAGCAGUACAGUGAACAGUGCUUCCUCCAGCGGGACAGAGAGCGGGACCGGAGGGUGGGGCCCCCACUGGCUGAGCCGCUGCAGCAGCGCCGCACACCACAGUGUCAGGUGUCCGGCACCGACAUCAGCCACCUGCUGCGUGUCCGCAAAGGCAAAGAGGAGCAGGGCUUCAUCGAUCUUGAGAUGAUGCCUCCCGAACUCAGCAUCACCAUCCUCUCCUACCUGAAUGCUACCGACCUGUGCCUGGCCUCCUGUGUGUGGCAGGACUUGGGCAAUGAUGAGUACCUGUGGCAGGGCCUGUGCAAGUCCACUUGGGGUCACUGUUCCAUAUACAACCGAAGGCUUCCAUCUGGAUUUUCAUAUAGAAAACUCUACAUGGAAUUAGAUGAAGGAAGUCUAACCUUCAACGCCAACCCGCAAGAGGGUAUCAGUUACUUCAUGUCCAGAGGUAUUCUUGUGGACCACCCGAAGGAAAUUGCCAAGUUUAUAUUCUAUACCAGAAUGCUGAACUGGAAGAUGCUGCGGAUUUAUCUUGAUGAACGGCGAGAUGUCUUGGAUGAGCUUGUCACACUUCAUAACUUUAGUAACCAGUUCCUCCCUAAUGCACUGAGAGACUUCUUCAGACACAUUCAUGCCCCGGAGGAGAGGGGCGAGUACCUGGAGACCCUCAUCACUAAGUUUUCUCAUCGUUUCUGUGCCUGCAACCCCACUCUGGUGCAGGAAGUGGGCUUAAGUCCUGAUGCAGUGUACGUGCUGUGCUACUCCCUCAUCCUUCUCUCCAUCGAUCUGACCAGCCCUCACGUAAAGAACAAGAUGUCCAAGAGGGAGUUUAUCCGAAACACACGGCGGGCUGCUCAGAACAUCAGCGAGGACUUUGUAGGGCACCUCUAUGACAACAUCUAUCUGAUCGGCCACGUGGCGGCCUAGGCACUACAGCGCUUGACAUGUUAGAGAGAGACUGCUGGCACAUAAAACAUUAGCGACUGCACUAGGAAGGAUUCUGCUUGAAGCUGGAAGAAGCACUGUCAGAACUCUGCAGGUCAUUUUAAACUGAAGUCUUGUGAGUGAAGCCCUUGAUAUGAUGUGCUGCAUUGCAAAGGAGUGGAGGACAGCCACAAUGUGAAGAAUCAGCAAAGCAAGUCAUUUGUUAGCAGGCUAGCAAUGGUAGCGACAAGGUUUAUCUACCACAACCCGCUUAAACAUGCAAAACCAUGUAGCUACAUGAAGAUAUAUGAGAUAAGCUAUGAAGUCAGUUAAAUCUGAAUGUAGAAUUUAUGGGGCCUGCGUCAUAUUUACAAAGACAUCUAUUUUUUUUUCCCCUCAUUCUAAUUUGGAAACCUCUCAUGCGUAUCAAAUGAAUGUCAGCUUUUUUGCCAUAUCUACAAAAUUCAGGCAAGUCUAAGACAUUCAGUCUACAGUCACUGUGAUAUCAAAGAAUUGACAGACUAAAACAGCACACCUAUAAUAUUGAUUAUGAACAAAAGCAUUUUUUUAAUUUUAAUUCUGUGUGUACUUUUCUUGUUUUAGGAGACUUUGUGUCUGUGCAUUGUCACAUUUCUCAUCUUCCUUGAGAAGAUUGAAAUCCUGUGAGACAUUGUAUGCACUGAUUUUUUUUUUAUGUAUAUUUCAUAGGUUUGGUACCUUUUUUGGUCCUUCCUUUCUACAGUUUUUUUUUUUUUACGUUCUUUUUUGUGUUGUUGUUCAUCACAUUCUGUUAGACCAUUUUCCAAUCAUAUAAAUGACAUACACACACAUACUUCAUAUACAAGCAAAUUAAAUCAGCUAUCUGUUUCAUCUGAACAUCGUAAGUAUGUUCGAGAGAAGCCUUUUCUAUUUCUCAGAUAAUUCAUUGGACAUCAUGUCUUUUAGGUGAAUAUUUACUCUCAGCUCAUAAAUGUGGGUAUUUUUCUUUUUUCUUUUAUUCAGACUUACUACAAUUGGGUGCCAAUAAGUGAGGAUAAAAUACUAAAUAUAUACACAAUAACACGUAAAAAUUAUUAUUAUUC